CCGGGUGUUCGAAACAGUCUCGAGGUGAUGGUCUGAUUUAAACUCCCAGUGAUAGUGAUUUUAUCAGAGUCGUCAGGGAUAUGUUGAAUUAUAGAAACGAAUAAACGAUUCGUUAUCGCGAUAUUAUAAUUAUUUUCAUGGGCUCGUUAAUGAAUGGUGGAACAAAAUGCAUCUGCAUUUUGAGAAGAACACCAAUGCCAAAUGCGACUGCAAUAUUCUGUCACUCAGUUGGAUGGGGAAGGUGCCGGAUGAAGUACCUGAGGACGAGGGGUGGACACUGAGUCGUACGAAUUAUUAUCAAGAGGGAUGGCUUGCUACCGGAAAUGCAAGAGGUCUUGUCGGUGUGACUUUCACAACAUCCCAUUGUCGCACCAGAAAUGCGGAAUUACCAUUACGCGCUAAUUAUAAUCUCCGAGGGCACCAGAGUGAGGUUAUUCUUGUAAACUGGAAUGAGCCCUAUCAAAAAUUGGCUUCUUGCGACAGUUCCGGUGUCAUAUUUGUUUGGAUUAAAUACGAGGGAAGAUGGAGUAUAGAAUUAAUUAAUGAUCGUAGCACACCAGUUACGCAUUUCUCAUGGUCACACGAUGGACGAAUGGCGCUGAUAUGUUAUCGGGAUGGAUUCGUCCUGGUGGGGAGUGUCGCAGGCCAGAGGUAUUGGUCAUCAAUGCUGAAUGAUCAAGCAACGAUCACCUGCGGUAUCUGGACACCAGAUGACCAACAAGUGUAUUUCGGUACAACUGCAGGACAAUUGAUCGUCAUGGACGUCCACGGGGCGAUGGUCUCCGAGGUCCAGCUGUCAGGUGGAAUUACAUCGAUGGCAUGGAGUGCUGAGAAAUUUAAAAUGGAGGAAGGCGACGACGAUCUUUCCGGGAAUAUUAUUCAGCACGAUGAGAGACGAUACGUUCUAGCUGUGUGUCUUAUCGACGGGAACAUCAUCAUGCUACGCUCUUAUGACGAUGUCUCUCCAAUCACCAUAAAGACCGGUCUAAAAUCACCUCUACACGCCGAAUGGAGUAACUCCAGGAAAUUACUAGCUAUUGCUGGUACUAGUGAUCUAGAUGCUGCAACUAGAAAUCCCCAGGAAUACACGAAUGUUCUCAAAUUUUAUUCAGAUUCAGGCUCGCUUGUUUACACAACUGCAAUUCCUUACACUCAGUGUCAAGUGUCAGCGUUGACAUGGGGUCACAAUGAUCGACGUCUCUUCGUUGCAACCGGGACACGCGUCCAUGCCGCUUGGGUAUCCAGACGUGUUGGAUCACUUCAGCUGCUCUCUAGAUUGGCCGUCAGAGCAGCUCUGAGUCGUGAACCUAGUGUUGAUCAGCUUCCUCUGCCUCCCAGACUGCGCGCUUUGGUGGCGGCUCUUUUUGCCAAUACAAUUCGAUCAUGCGUACCUGAGCCACGAGAAUUGAGAAAAUUCGUUUCACGUCCACCAGUCACGGGUGGUAGACUUCAUUGUACAAUGCUGAGACAUGCCGGUGAACCAGCGCCUUGCUACACGCUUUAUCUCGAAUAUCUCGGUGGUCUAGUCCCACUGUUGAAAGGCCGUAGAACAAGCAAAAUUCGACCGGAAUUCGUUAUAUUUGAUCCACAGAGUCAUGAUAGUAUUCACAUGCCCGAUUAUAAUUAUCAAUCGCCUUCUUUGAGCGAUGGCUCAGACACCGAGAGAGACACAACUGAUAGUUACGGCUCACCGAGAAAUAAACGAAAAUAUCGGCGACGGCGUGACGAUAGAACGAAUGAUGAGACUGACGAUUUGACUUACAUAGAUACAUUACCCGAGCACGCAAGACUGGUUGAAGUAACAUCGAAUAUUUGGGGAACCAAAUUUAAAAUUCACGGUCUAACUGAUUCAGUACCUGCUAAUUUGGGUCAAGUAACAUACCGCACAUCGCUACUGCAUCUUCAGCCAAGACAAAUGACACUAGUCAUGACAGAGUUGCGGGAUGAUUUGCCACCAGGUCCAGAUCCAAGUUUCAAUCCAAAUUUAUUCUCCGAGGACGAGGAGGAGACGUUCCAAGAGUCACAGAGUGUAACGAGAAAAAGCUCAGAAGCAUCACCACCACCAAUAGCUCCUAUGACACCACGUAACUCACGGUUGAGCAUUAACCGGCCAAAAUCACAAGUAUCUAGUCAAUUUAUAACGCCCGAUGCACUCAUGUCACCUGUCCUAGCGCAAGCAGAUAGUUACGAUGAUUUCUCAUACAUUGAUGUGCAAGAUGUUAUGGAUAUGGGUGAUAAUGUGAGAGCAACGUCGAGCAAUCACCGAGCGUCUAGGCAUCAUCCACCCAGGUGCUGUGAUGUGCCCGCUUUACAAUCGCCAAAAAAUUCCGUUGCUCCAACCCAAACGCUUAUAGCGACGUCCAAUUCAAAUACCGAUUAUUCCAGCAAUAUUCAACGAGUCAAAACAGCACUCACUGAUCAACAAGUGAUGCGGAAGGAAUUGGAGAAUAAUAAGAUCAAUCAAGCUGAUGAAAAAAUAACUUUAGCUGUCACUCAGGCCAAUAUUAUAUCUACGUCCAUGCAGAGUGGACAGAAUAGCGCUUUACGACAAAGUUCGAUAAUAACGGGACACAGCUCACCGUCACAAGUUUAUUGGAAUUCAUCGAGUGUCUCCGGGCCAAUGCUACCCAGUUGUAAUCAACUUAAUUAUGUUAAUGUGAAGAUUAAUCACAAGCCGCAUUCCAAUUCUUCGUCAUCCAACUCUCAAUCAUCAUCGGCAAUAAAUUUUUCGAAGAAUGUCAUUGGCUCGCCCAAUUCGAACACACCCACAUGCUCACGUCAAUCGGUUAAUGUUAAUUAUCCCUCCACUUGUAGUCAGUGCUCACCUAACAAGCGAAAAGAAAAAACCACUGGAUGCUGUGGAAAAUCUAGCUGCAGUGCAACGAAUUCUGUGACGUCAGGAAGGAGUGAUGAACUGAGAUUCAUUGAUGAAGAGUCCAGGGAAAUUGAUUUUGUCCAGACGUCGGGGGUACGUCGGACCCCAACGGUCGUCAGUAUUGGUCCGAUGUGUCCACCGUUGGAUCCAAUUAUCAGAAGCUGCAGUGUUGGUUAUCUAGAUAUGGUUGAUACUCAAAUGAUACCCUGUGAUGUUGCCCUGAAGAUGUUACGAAAAGAAGCUCCAAACAAGAGACUUGUCCUGGUGUCUAGAAAGACUAGGAGGAGAAGGAAAAAUAAGGGGCACGAAAUCAGUCAACAGUGUACGAAAUUAAAAUUAAAAACUUGUGGAAAGUCAAAGAGUUUGGACUCCAGUGAUAUGUUCCCGAGUACUGAAAUUAUUUCUCUACCGCCACAGCUUACACAGCACGCAGAAGAAACAGCUGGUCAAAUGACAGAGGUAUUGGAAAUUUCUCACGAUGAAAGUUACCCUGUGGCUCAUUGCUGUCCAGAUCCACCGGACGCUGAAAAAAAUCGAGAGGACAACAGUGAUCGGAGAAAGAAAGACAAUUACUCCCUCGGUGAAGCUAAAUCCAGUGGUUCCUUGUCAUCAUCGUUGGACGGUCUUGCAGCAAGAUUACGUGACUUCGAUGAUACUCACAGUUUACCUCCCCUCUCGCCCCGUCUCACCACGAGACUUCCUCGCAGCUCUCCAAGCAGUCCAGCUCCAUCGAAAAAAGGAAAAAGACCGGCCUCGGCGUCACCAAUACGACGCAGACUCUUAUCGAGCCCAUUAUUGAACAGGCGAAGCAGAAAAAGUCGGGGUGAGAGCUCCGAUGACGAGGGCCAAUGCCAGGAUCAAGCAUCGAGAAGCUACAGAAAUUUGGAAACCUUCCAAAAAGCUCAACUCCGACAAAAGCUGAAGCAAAAAGUUAUUGGUGCAUCGGGUCAUAAAGCCGAAGAGCUCGUGAUGCAUAAUAAAGCCCCAAUGUGGAACGAGGCCAGUCAAGUUUAUCAGCUUGAUUUUGGUGGUCGAGUUACUCAGGAAAGUGCGAAGAAUUUUCAAAUUGAAUACAGGGGAAAACAGGUCAUGCAGUUUGGACGAAUUGAUGGAAAUGCUUAUACUCUGGAUUUCCAGUAUCCAUUCAGCGCACUCCAAGCUUUUUCCGUUGCUCUGGCGAAUGUUACGCAACGGCUCAAGUAACCAUCAAUCUUCUCCAGUAUCUCAUUCGAUUUAUAUGUCCAUUCGAAAUUUGGAGUACGAGUGAGUGAUUGUCUCGUUAAUUCAGGGGAAUCCAUAACGGUCUCAAUCUGGAAGGAACGAAUUUUAAUCGCCCGAUCGAAUUUCUAUUGUCAUAUUUCAAGAUUACGUCUAAAUGACCGUCCAGUGCCAUUCAUCACUACGGCAACUGCUUCUUCGUUUAUUUAUUUAAUUGCAUAAUUUGUAUAGAAUUGGCGUCUGUGAAGCGAGAAUUUUUUAGUUAAAAUACAUGUUUAUCCUUGUUUAAA